UGAACACUUUAGUCAUUAAUGUGUAACAGUUUCUAUGAAAACAAGCUAUAAGGAGCAGUUUUAGCUGACUGUUAUAUGGUUUGUGAGUUAUAGAUUAAACUUUCUGGAUUUUGACUCGUGCUUAUAAGAGGAGUUGAUACCAGUGGAUACAGGCAAAACUUCAAGGGAACUAUCAGAGAAAAUGGGCUCCAGAAUUUUCUCAAAGGAGGAUUUGUCCUGUCCAGUGUGCUGUGACUUCUACAAGGAUCCUGUUCUUCUGACCUGUACUCAUAGCAUCUGCAAAUCUUGCCUUAAAAAGUUCUGCGAAACCAAAGGAUCCCGAGAAUGUCCAGUCUGUAGGAGAAGGAACUCAAGGGAUGAGUAUCCCCUUAAUCCGGUUCUAAAGAAGCUGUGUGAGAGUCGAAGAGAACCGUUCUGCAGUCUGCACCGUAAGGAACUUGAGCUCUUCUGUGAAGAUGACACACAGCUUGUGUGUGUGCUGUGUCGUGACUCCAAACUGCAUACGGAGCACAACUUCAGACCCAUCAGUGAAGCUGCACUGGAGCGCAGGGAAAACCUGAAGGUCAAACUGCAGCCUUUACAGAGGAAGUUGGACAGCUUUGCUCAGGCUAAAACAGCCUGUGACGAAACUGCCCAAUACAUAAGAGUGCAGGCCCAACACACAGAAAAACAGAUCAAGGAGGAGUUUGAGAAGCUGUACCGGUUUCUACGAGAAGAAGAGGCAGCCAGGAUAGCUGCACUGAUGGAGGAAGAGAAGCAGAAGAGUAAGAUGAUGAAGGAGAAGAUUGAGAACAUGAACAGAGAGAUCUCAUCUCUUACAGACACAAUCAGAGCCAUAGAGGAGGAGAUGGGAGCUGAUGACAUCCCAUUCCUGCAGAACUACAAGAGCACAGUGGAAAGAUCCCAGUGCACACUGCAGGAUCCAGAGACGGUUUCAGGAGCUCUGAUCGAUGUGGCAAAGCACCUGGGCAACCUGGAAUUCAAAGUCUGGAAGAGAAUGCAAGCCAGGGUCCAAUACACUCCUGCGAUUCUAGAUCCCAACACUGCACACCCUCUACUGUUGCUGUCUGAAGACCUGACCAGCGUUAGACUCAGCGCCGAGCAGAAGCUUCCGGAUAACCCCGAGAGAUUUGACAGAAACCUCUGUGUGCUGGGCUGCAUGGGCUUCAGCACAGGAAGCCACUGGUGGGACGUGGAGGUGAACGAAUGCAAAUCCUGGGAGUUGGGAGUGAAGACCGCGUCAGGCCAGAGGAAGGGGCACCACUCCCACACCAGUGGCGUCUGGAGGCUGGGUCACGUUAAUGGUGAAUACAAAGCUCUCUCCCCAUCCCAGCCAGAGAGUCUCCUCACAGUGCAGCAGAAACCCAAGAGGGUCAGAGUGCAUCUAAACUGGGAUGGAGAACAGUCACAGCUGUCAUUCUCUGACCCUGACAAUAACACACACUUGCACACGUUCAAAAGCAAUUUCACUGAGAGAGUGUUUCCAUGCUUCCUUAGUUGGUCUCCCAUGAAGAUCAUACCUAUGAAAGUGUGACAGGGAGCUUUAGUUUGAAUCCAAACACUGAUACCUUGGCAUGCAUGUCGGGUACUCUAUAAUAUGCAGUGAUUAGAAUUUUACAAAUCAAUUUUGCACUAAAUACUUUUGAGGAGAUAGAACAAAAAAGUAUAUUUAUUAUUACAAUCUUAGUUAGUUGAUGAUAAUGUGUAUCUUGUUAAGUUUCAAAUGUUAUGGUUACAAAAUACUUAGGCCUUGUCUGGCAUGGGGAAAAUGUCAAUUCAUCUUCAGCUGUGUUCUUAUUUUUGCGACAGUGGAAGUAUUGGAGUGUGACUAUCUGUUACAAAAAUGUAAGAUAAGACAUGCUCCAAACUUCCACCACACAUUAAAUGCAUUACUUUCUGUCAUGUAAUCUGGUAAAAUAAAAUUCACUAAACAAACGAUGAUCUUCUCAUAGCUUC